AUGGAUGGUAACGGAGCAGGUGAAGAAAUGGGCAGUGAGGAGCAUCCGGCCCCUAAUGGUGACUCCAAACAGCGAGGCAGGUUCUCUUUACCCGGCUGGCGCUCCUCGUCCCAGUCCUCAGUGCAUGGAGAGCGAAGUGGGGACCUGAGCCGGAGGCUGCUGUCCCUCGUCAACCGCUACGAUGAUCGAGAUGGCUCCGUGGCCGACCUCAACUCCAAACCCUCAGAGGUGACCGUAGGGUCUGAAGGACCUACCCCAACCACAGGCCAUCGCACAUCCACUGCUUCCAGCUCUGGCAAAGCCAUGCCUGACACCACAGGGCCUGGGGGCGUCGUGUUCACCCCAGGCUUAGAGGACUAUGACUCUAUUGACCAGUCCAUGAACCUCCACAAGCAACUGAGCUCCAUGCUGCAGCCAGGGGUCAACAAGUUCUCCUUGCGCAUGUAUGGAAGCGCCAAAGGGGUUGCGGCCGAGCAGGAACGAGUCAGGUCCUUUGGGGUGUGGAUUAUACAUCCAUACAGUGACUUUAGGUUCUACUGGGAUCUGGUAAUGCUCUUUCUGAUGAUGGGCAACCUUGUUAUCCUGCCAUGGGGCAUCACCUUCUUUGAGGAUCAGAACACGCUGCCGUGGAUGAUCUUCAACAUGGCCUCGGACACUCUUUUCUUGACCGACCUGGUCUUAAACUUCCGCACAGGCAUCCUGGAGGGAGAUAACAGCCACAUCAUCCUGGAUCCACGGGUAAUCCGCCGCCGAUACCUGCAGGGCUGGUUCCUUGUGGAUUUCAUCUCCUCCAUCCCAGUGGACUAUAUUUUCCUGGCGGUGGACCUGGAGGCUCGAGUGGAGUCGGCAGAAGUGUACCGCACUGCCAGGGCUUUGAGGAUCGUCCGCUUCACCAAAAUUCUCAGCCUGCUCAGAUUACUCCGACUGUCCAGACUCAUUCGUUACAUACACCAGUGGGAAGAGAUCUUCCACAUGACAUACGACCUGGCGAGCGCAGUGGUUCGGAUAGUGAACCUGAUUGGGAUGAUGCUUCUCCUGUGUCACUGGGACGGCUGUCUUCAGUUCAUGGUGCCCAUGCUGCAGGAAUUCCCCUCAAACUGCUGGGUCUCCAAAAACAACAUGGUGAAUGCUACCUGGGAGGUGCAGUAUUCCUACGCUCUCUUUAUGGCUAUGAGCCACAUGCUGUGUAUUGGUUAUGGUGCUCAAGCUCCUGAGAGAUUGACCGACGUGUGGCUCACUAUGAUCAGCAUGAUUGUAGGUGCCACCUGUUACGCCAUGUUCCUGGGCCACGCCACCACCCUGGUGCAGUCACUAGAUGCCUCUCAUCGUCAGUACCAGGAAAAGUAUAAGCAAGUGGAGCAAUACAUGUCCUUCCAUAAGCUGCCUGCUGACAUGAGACAGAGAAUCCAUGACUAUUAUGAGCACCGUUUCCAAGGAAAGAUGUUUGACGAGGAAAACAUUCUAGGAGAACUCAGUGACCCACUUAAAGAGGACAUAGUGAGCUACAACUGUCGUGGACUGGUGGCGAACAUGCCGCUGUUUGGCAACGCUGAUCCACACUUCGUCACUGUGCUCCUGACCAAGCUGCGAUUUGAGGUCUUCCUGCCAGGUGACAUCAUUAUUCGCGAGGGAACGCUGGGCCGGAAAAUGUACUUCAUCCAGCAUGGCUGUGUCACUGUCAUAACGCGUGAGAAAAAGGAGAAGAAACUUAGUGAUGGCUGCUACUUUGGGGAAAUCUGCCUGCUGACCCGUGGCCGCCGUACAGCUAGCGUGAGAGCGGACACCUACUGCAGACUGUAUUCUCUCAGUGUGGACAGUUUUAACGAAGUUCUGGAGGAGCACCCCAUCAUGAGGAGAGCCUUUGAGAGCGUUGCCAUAGACCGCCUGGACCGCAUGGAGAAAUUCAAGAAUAACGUUUCUCAACAU